GUGCGCGCGCGCGCGUGUGUAAGUCAAGUCGGAGAAUUCAUCGAUUUUCUUUCUGGAUCGCUCGCUCGAUCACUCGCGUCUGUGAUUUUCCGGAGUAGCUAAUUUUUGGUGGGCGGAUAGAGGAGGACGAACGAUGAAGAGCAACUCGGAGAAAAGAGAGGAGAAGAAGCGGAAGGUGUUCAAUUUGUUGUUAAAAAGAAUAAUGGGAAGAAUAAAGGUGAAGAAGAGGUCGAAGAAGGUUGAGACAGGGACGGUAGAGGGACUAUCAGAGUGGUCAGUAUUGAAGUCAGAGGAGAGAAAAAAGUUUCUUUGCGUGUUUUUUAAAUUCGAAGAUGGUCCACUUCUUUAUUCUUUGUAUGCCUAUGUUAUUGCGGCAAGCGAUUUUAUCAAUGUUCCUAAUCCACCACCACCCUCUCCUGCCGUGACAAUACUAGAGAUGCCCCGUCAUGAAAAAUUCCCUAUCGGGAUGGCCUGCGUGGAGUUGGGUUCUCGAAUUUACUUUGUUGGAGGUCAGUGCCAGUUGGAGGAUGGAUAUUAUGCCUCAAAGAAGGUUUAUUACUUGGAUUUCAACACCUUUAGAAAUAAACUGACCUCUACUACUAGUAGUAGUGGUAGUCUAAUCAAUUGUGAUGAAUUAUCAGAAUGCCCCAAUAUGAAUGGGGGUAAGUGUAAUCCGGUUGUUAUGACUGCGAAUGGUAAAUUAUAUGUCUUAACUAGCCUCAUUGGUGGGGAUUUGAAUACCAGAACUUUGGGUUCCCCUCCUGAUUUUAAUGUCACUGACUGGACUUUGAUUGCUUUUUAUGGUUCUGAAUGGAAAAGUUGUGCAUUCGAAGUCUAUGAUCCCGUGAUGGAUGAAUGGACCAUACUGCCUCUGCCCACUUCAUAUUCUUCUCCAAAACAUAUACUUCCUGCUUAUUGUCAUGGGCAUGCCGUCAUCCAUGACAAGAUCUUCUUCUGUAACUGGGGUGACAUCAUUUCUACUUUUGAUUUGAAAACUCAUAAAUGGAAAUUCUUCGAUGCCAAAACCAUUGCAAAGACACAGGCACAGACUUGUGACGAUGCCUUUGCACGUUCGUUGGUGGAUAAUCCCGUGAGUGGAUGUGGCCUCGUUCUCAAUGAUACCUUAUAUGGCUUUUCACCAAGUAGAGGAGGGGUCUGUACCUUUUGUGCAUAUCAUAUCCCUGACAACCUUGGAGAUGCAUUUAUAUCUCGUGCUUCACUCAAAUUGACAGAUUCAUACCAAUUGAACAGGGACUCCAAAUCAGGCUUAGUUGCUGUGCAGGCUGGUUUCUUUUAUUUAGGAAAUGACAACUUCUGUUCAGUUUUUCGUGAGACUCCAGAAAUCAAGUAUACUGAACAAGAAGAUGAGGACCCUCACGAGGCUUCUGAAGUUUACUUCGUAGUGUUUCAAAUUGUCAAAGAAAGAACUUGCAGUGGAGAUAUCUGUUGGCCUAUCAAUCAAUCAAGGCCCUGCAAAGUCCAGGGAAUCAAUGCUGAUUUGGGCUCAAUUUUAGAUUUCUUCACACUGUAGAUGUUGCUGGUCUUGUAUCUGUCACUUUCUCCCUCUUGUUGUCUGUUUGCUUUUCUGCUGGCAUUAUGGACCUUUUUACUUGAAUAUUAAGUUUCUAUAUUUGACUUUUGGAUA